AUUGGACAAAUCGCGUUUGAGGGCAUUGAACGAUUGAACCCUAUUCAGUCAAUUGUCUUCGAUGCUGCUUACAAUUCCUCUGAAAAUCUUCUGAUCUGCGCGCCCACCGGUGCUGGCAAAACCAAUACGGCGAUGUUGACCGUGAUCCGGCUGAUACGCGAACAUCUUAAUGAGGACUUUGUUCUCGACCUCAAAGCCUUCAAGAUAGUUUACAUGGCACCCAUGAAGGCGCUGGCCGCGGAGAUGACAGCAACUUUCUCCAAACGCCUUAGUCCUCUCGGCAUCAAGGUGCGCGAGUGCACCGGGGACAUGCAAUUGAGUAAACAGGAAAUAAUGGACACCCAGAUGUUGGUAACGACGCCGGAAAAGUGGGACGUCAUCUCUCGCAAGGGUGCGGGUGACGCCUCUCUUGUGAUGGUUUUUGUACAUGCCAGAGGGGAAACCUCGAAAACGGCCCGUUGGAUUCGUGAUGCAGCUUCACAGAGAGGCGAUCUGGCGAGCUUUCAACCUCUGACAACCAACACUGUUGACCUCUUCAAAAGACUUCCCCACUGCCAUGAUGCGACCACUCGGGAAUUGGCCGUUGAGGGCAUUGCCUGUCAUCACGCCGGUAUGCUAAGACCUGACAGACGGCUUGUUGAGCAGCUCUUCUCCAAUCGCGUUAUUCGGGUCCUUGUGUGUACUGCUACCUUGGCCUGGGGUGUGAACCUGCCCGCGCACGCUGUGAUCAUUAAGGGCACGAAGAUCUACGAUGCGGACAAGUCUGAUUUUGUUGAUCUUGAUAUUCUGGAUGUCGUUCAGGUAGGUGUGGAGUUAUGUAUACACUUAAUAUAUCAUGCUACUUAA